AUGAGGCAGGAAGACCUAAACGACAAGCUGAGUCCGUCGGAUAGUGUCUCCCAACAAGGCAGCAGCUCAUCAAAGACAAGCAGGGUGUCUAGUUACCUAGCGAUCGCUUCAGCCAAGAAGGCCGGGCUGACGGAGAAAUCCCGUCUGCUCAAGCAACACCAGUCAAUGAAAAUGAAACUGCAACAAGAAAUCGAGGAAGCUGAGCGACAAGCUAAGGUGUCCGACUUGGCGCUGAAGGAGAAGGCCAGACAACUCCAGUUUGAAAGUGAGCGCAUGACCUUAGAGGAAGAGCUCCGAGCAGCUGACGCUGAGGAACAGACCUUAGUCAAGCAUCUGGACCGUGACAGAGCCCCCGAUCCAGUCCUUUCGCCUGUCAUCCAAGAUCAAGUUAGGGUUCCUGAGAGACAAUUUAUGCUUAACCCUUUGGUUCCGGAGUUCCAUCAACGACAGUACAGCAGUACACCACAACGCCCUCGAGCGUCUCCAGAUAGGCGAACGGCUCCUGACGUGAAGACAGUACCUGCUCCAUAUGAACCAGAUUGGCUGAUUUCCUUUGAGCCUACCGCCCAGAGAUGCGAUCCAGCGACCUUGGUUCGAGCUGCCGCUCCAACCACGAUGUCGCAGCCUUCCCCAGACGUCGCCAGGAUGCCACAGCCAGUACCGGCCGACAUGACUUACCGCACUGGCUCAGCCGCCUCAAUGUCACAACAAGUGGCCGAGAUGGUGUACCGGCCCAUGCCAGUGAUGAUGUCACAUCCUGCCGAUGAUGUCCAAGCCGCCAUGCCGCGCCAAGCAGUGCCAGGCACAAUGUCCCAACAAGUGACCGGGAUGGUGUACCAGCCCAGCCCUGUGAUGAUGCCUGAGAUGAUGUCACAUCCUGCCGAUGUUCAAGCCGCCAUGCCGCGCCAAGCAGUGCCAGUCGUGAUGUCACAGCCAGCUAAAGUUGCCACGCAUCAAAAUGUUACGACUACUUCAGGGAAUGUCUCAGCACAUCCGAAUUAUGUAAUCCCUGCCAUUGAUACGUCAUCAAGCCAAGUGCCAGUAGCAGCUCCUCUCGAUAUACAGCGACAGCUAAUCGAUGCCUUGCGUCUUCCCAAGACCGGUCUUCAGAAGUUCGACGGAGAGCCGAUGCAGUAUUGGGCGUUUAUGAAUAGUUUUGACAGCCUGGUGCACAGAGCCUGUGUUACAGAUGGAGACAAGCUCAACUGCCUGAUGGAAUACUGCUGUGGUAAAGCUGCCCGAGUAAUUCGUCCUUGCGCUUUGAUGUCACCAUCAGCAGGAUAUGCCAGAGCUAGGGAGCUGCUGAAGGAGCGAUUUGGUGAUGAAUAUACCAUUGCGAAGGCUUGGGUGAAGAAGAUAGUUGAAGGCCCACCAGUAAAGACCAACUCUGGUGAAGCGCUGCAGGAGUUUACUGACGAUGUCCGGGGAUGUUACGAAACGUUAAAGGCCAUGAAUAAAUUGGCAGAGGUCAACUCUCAAGACCGGAUGGCAGACAUCUCAACUAGACUUCCCCUUUAUAUCCAGUCGAGGUGGAGAAAGGAAGCGCAUCGGUCGAAGCUACGGACAAAGUCAUAUCCAGACUUCAAAGCCUUUGUCACCUUUCUCGAAAUGGUGUCUGGCGAAGAAAAUGAUCCAGUCUUUGGCAAGAUACAGGCCAAGGAUAGAGUUGAGAAGAAGCGAACCUUCCCACAGAAGAAAACAGGCGUCAGUUUAACAGUGCAAGCGACCGGCAAAGAUAAUCAGGCGACCAAAGCAGCCAGAAGCAGUCCAGCUAAAAUCAAGUCCGUCACCAGCGAUGCUAAGCCCGAGACCAAGAAGAUGAAUUGUCAUAUAUGCAGCCAGAGUCAUAAAGUUGCAGCCUGCCCUAAGUUCAAGGCCAUGGAACCCACAAUACGUCUGGAGGUUGUGAAGGAGAAGCGGUUGUGCUUCAACUGCCUUAACUUCAGCAACCAUAGCUACCGUCAAUGCCACAGGUCCAGUGACUGCCAUGAGAAAGAUUUCUACGUCAGGGGGAAAGGGCAGCACGAGUUCAUCAAGACAGACGCGCUGCUAGACUCCGGCAGCAACAGGACGUUCUGCUCUAAGUCCUUGUUGUCCCAGCUCAAGUUGGAGGGAUCAAGAACAGCUCUGUCUUUGGAGACCCUCGGUCAAAGUGCAGCCACAGAUGCCAUCGAAGAGUGUCUUCAAGUUACGCCGACAUCCAGAAAGGCCAAGAAGAGAAGUGUGCUGGACUUGCCCAGGGUGUAUGCCAUCGACAGCUUCCCAAAUAGCAUCACAGGACCGAGUCAGUUGGAUAUCGGCAGAUGGCGUCAUCUUACGGGAGUAUGCGACAACUCUGUCGACGGCAAGGGGGUUUCGCUGCUUAUUGGCCAAGAUGUCCCACAAGCCAUUCUUCCGCUUGAAGUCCGCCGGGGUCGAGAUGAUGAGCCGUAUGCGAUCAGAACCAGCCUAGGGUGGACUCUGAACGGUCCAAUUGGUGGUCAACCAGCAGACAGUACGGCUGUCUGCUCCUUUAUUCAAUCUCUUGCAAGUGGCCAGCCCCAGAUGUCACAAAAUGACAAGAAGGUAGUCGGCAUGUGGGACAAGUCAGUCAGCUUGGUGGACGGCCAUUACCAGCUCAACAUCCCGUUCAAGAAGACGCCUCCCGAACUGCCGGACAACCGUAUGAUGGCCGAGAAAAGACUCCAGUCUCUGGGCCGAAGAUUGAGCAGAGAUCCCGCAUUGCACGACAAAUACAGAAGUGGUAUGCAGGAUCUGUUGGACAAGGGCUUUGCAGAGCCAGUUCCAGAAGAUGAGAUGUCGCAACCGGGUAGUGUUUGGUACCUCCCUCACCAUAAUGUAGUCAAUCCCAGUAAGCCGGAAAAGUUCCGUAUCGUCUUCGACUGCGCAGCCACAUAUGCUGGGACUUCUCUGAACGACCAGGUCUUCCAAGGCCCCGACCUGAUGAACAAGCUGAUUGGUGUUCUGAUGAGGUUUCGCGAAUGCCCUGUUGCUGUUAUGGGAUACAUCCAGGAGAUGUUCCACAUGGUCAAGGUCAAACCCGAAUUCAGAGACGCAUUGCGAUUCCUAUUUUGGAAGGAUGGUGAUCCCAAGAAGAAACCUCAAGUCUACAGAAUGACGGUUCACCUCUUCGGAGGAGUAUGGAGCCCGAGUUGCUGCAGUUACGCCCUGAGACGAACGGCUGAAGACCAUAAAGACGAAUUUCAUCCCGAUACCAUAGAAACAGUGUUACAGGACUUCUACGCUGACGAUUGUCUAAAAUCCGUACCCGGUGUUGAUGUCGCUGUCAAGCUGGUUGAGGAAUUGAGAACAUUACUUCAACUGGGAGGAUUCCGACUCACGAAAUGGUCUUCAAACAGCAAAGAGGUCCUCCUGUCCAUUCCUGUUGAAGACAGAGCGAAGACCAUAAAAGAUCUCGACCUGACGUCCGACUCCCUACCAAUUGAGAGAGCCCUCGGUGUCCAAUGGGACACAGAGACGGACACGUUUGGUCUCAAGAUUCACUAUAAGGAACCAUUCUUCACGAGGCGCGGUCUUCUUAGAAUCACCAGCUCUAUGUACGACCCCCUGGGAUUGGUUUGUCCAUUCGUCCUCGAAGCGAAGAUGAUCUUCCUGACAGAAUGCAGAUCCGACAAAGGAUGGGAUGAUGAAAUGAGCCCCGCCAGCAUCAAGAGAUGGCAGAGAUGGUUGGAUGGCCUGCCCAAACUAGAAGAGUUUCAGGUGCCAAGAUGUAUUCAUCCGACCGAUUUCGGCGACAUCACUGAAGCUAGAUUACAUCACUUCUCCGAUGGAUCCGCCGAUGCCUAUGGUGCUGUGAGUUACCCGAGAUUGGUGAACAGUGACGGCGCUGUGCACUGUACGAUACUGAUGGCGAAAUCUAGACUGGCGCCGAUGACACCGAUGACGAUUCCUCGCCUGGAGCUGUCCGCUGCCGUGCUCGCUGUGAAGAUGGACAACCUCAUACGUCGUGAGAUAAGAUUGCCCCUGCAAGAGUCGACAUUUUGGACGGACAGCACCAUCGUUCUCCAAUAUGUCAAGAACAAAACCAAGCGUUUCCAGACCUUUGUCGCCAACCCUGUAGCCGUAAUUCAUGAUGGUACAAGGCCAAGCCAGUGGCGUUACGUAGGGAUAAAGGACAACCCGGCUGAUGAUGCGUCAAGAGGGCUGAACGCCGAACAGAUGUUGUCCGACACCAGAUGGCGCCAAGGUCCAGCGUUCCUAUGGUUGAGUGAAGACAGUUGGCCAGAAAUGCCAGAAGGACAGCCUAACCUGCUUGAGAGGGAUCCCGAAGUCAAGAAGGAAGCCAAGUCCUGUGCGGUCGUGACGGUUCCUGUCGAUUUCAUAGUAAAGCUGUUCAACAGAUAUUCAAGCUGGCCUCGACUACUCAAAGCAGUGGCGUAUCUGUUGAGAUUCCUCAAGUGGCUACACAAGAAAAGACCCAAGAUGAAUGACCGUCUCUCCCCUGAAGAACUAAAGGCAGCAGAACGAGCUAUUCUUCGAUGUCUCCAGAAAAGGCAUUACAGCAACGAGAUCAACGCCUUGAGAUCAAAUGCACGCAUCACGAAGCAGAGUUCAAUAUUUGAACUAGAGCCGUAUCUGGACGAAGACCAGCUCCUGAGAGUGACGGGACGUUUAAAGAAUGCUUCGAUUCCUGACCCAGCCAAGCAUCCAGUGAUUGUGCCGAGAGAUGACCACGUAACAACACUCAUCGUACGAGAUGCGCACGAGCGGCUUUGCAGGCACUCCGGCAGAGAACACGUUAUGGCGAAUUUACGGCAGAACUACUGGAUUCCACAGGCCCGUCAGCUGGUGAAAAGAGUUCUCAGAGACUGCAUUGUUUGCAAAGUGCUUCACGGCAAGCUGGGGCAGCAGAAGAUGGCAGAUCUCCCGCCUGAACGAGUGACACCAUCAAAGUAUCCCUACCAGUGUCUGGGUGUUGACGUUUUUGGUCCCUUUUACGUUAAGAGGGGACGUUCUCAAGAGAAGCGCUAUGGAUGUAUGUUUACCUGCCUGUCAAUGCGAGCGAUUCAUCUAGAGAAGCUUUCGUCCAUGGACACAGACUCCUUCAUCAACGCCCUAAUCCGAUUCUGUGCAAGACGAGGAGUUCCAAAGCUGAUCCGGUCCGACAAUGGCACCAACUUUGUCGGCGCAAACCGUGUGCUGCGAGAAUCGAUUGCCCAGUGGAAUGAGAGUCAUCGUCUGAAAGAAUACUUGCUACAGAACCACAUUGAUUGGACCUUCAAUACCCCUACAGCGUCGAAUAUGGGCGGUGUCUGGGAGCGCAACAUCCGAACUGCCAGGAAGGUGAUGAACUCCAUACUACAAAAGCAGUCCCUCGAUGAUGAACGCUUGGAUACGAUAUUUGCCGAAGUUGAAAACGUCGUGAAUAGCCGUCCGCUGACUGUCGUCUCCAACGAUCCCAAAGACCAACUCCCGCUUACACCGAAUGAUUUGCUGCGUCCUUUUGGAAAGGGAUUCCCGUCGCCAAUCGGAACCUUUGGAAAGGCUGACAUGUUCGGAAAACGAUGGAGACAUGUCCAAUUCGUCGUCGAUCAGUUUUGGAAGAGAUGGACCGCUGAAUACCUCUCUGCUCUUCAAGUCCGAUCAAAGUGGAUUGCCGAACAGCCGAAUAUACGCGUAAACGAUUUGGUCUUAGUUCUCGACCAGUCUUUAGCAAGAUCUCACUGGCCGUUAGCACGAGUCACCGAUACGUUCCCCGAAAAAGACGGAUUGGUACGUUCUGUGGAGCUGAAGACAGCCUUUACCGAUAAGAUGGUGCGGCCGAUCAACAAAAUCGUUUUGCUGGAGGCAACUGCGGAUGAUCACAACCAGGAUUAA